GACCUCAAUCAACUAUCGAUGAUGAAUAUGCUCAUGCAGCUGAAAAAGAUCCCAAAAUUUUGCUUACCACCUCAAGAAAUCCUAGUGCUCCUCUUACUCAGUUUGUCAAGGAGUUGAAAAUUGUGUUCCCUAAUGCUCAGCGAAUGAAUCGUGGUGGUCAGGUAAUAUCAGAAAUAAUUGACACCGGCAAAUCUCAUGAUUUUACAGAUGUAAUUUUGGUCCAUGAGCAUCGUGGCGUGCCUGAUGGCAUUAUCAUUAGCCAUCUGCCUAAUGGUCCAACUGCUUACUUUGGAUUGCUCAAUGUGGUCACAAGACAUGACAUUAAGGACAAAAAAUCUAUGGGAACAAUGUCCGAGGCAUAUCCACAUUUGAUUUUUGACAACUUUCCAACGAAGCUUGGUGGGAGGACGGUUGACAUCCUAAAGCAUUUGUUUCCUGUGCCCAAGCCUGAUACAAAACGUAUCAUCACAUUUGCUAACCGGUCAGACUACAUUUCAUUCAGACAUCACGUAUAUGAAAAACAUGGAGGCCCAAAAUCAGUCGAGCUGAAAGAGGUUGGCCCUCGAUUUGAACUACGGCUUUACCAGAUCAAAUUAGGAACAAUGGAUCAAGACGAAGCUCAAACCGAAUGGGUCAUAAGGCCUUACAUGAACACGUCCAAAAAACGCAACCUUCUAGGGGACUGAACAUGCAGCUGAAUAUCAACUUUGAAGCCUCUCCCCCUCUUCCCGGUUUGCACUUACAGACGUUUGAUCCAAACUUCGGUGGUCAUUGUUGCUAAGUUUCAUCAGUCAGCAAGACAUGUCUUUGAUCGGUAAAAUGCCGGUGUGGUUGUUCUUAAAGCAAUAUUCGACGCAAUUUUCUGCUUCUGGUUCUAGGGAGGCUGUAAAAUCUCUCUGUGGGGAGACGAAAAUCGAACUGGGAAUAUAAUGUUAUGUAUAAUGUGCUAAUUUUUUGCAUAUCAAAAUUGAUUUAUGAUUCUUCUAUAUGAUGCAACAGCUUAAAUUGAUUUAUGUCAAUUUUUGUUCCCCCACCUGGUGGUACUAAGCACAAAUCUUUAGUUAUUGUAAUUUAAAUUAACAUUGCA